CCAUCCUCCACCUCCGUCCUCUUCGCCCGCGGCAUCAUCGCCCGCCUCCAAACCUGGCCCGCCCUCCGCAUCGCCGUCCACCAAAACUGGGGCGGCCCCCACUCCCUCGCAAAGCAGCGCUGGCUCGCCUCCCUCCUCGUCGACGCCUUCGAAGACCCCUCCCCCUCCCCCACCACCCCCGACGCGCUCUACGUCGAGGAGAUGCUCCUCCAGGUCAUGGACGACGAGUUCGAGGCGAACCUCGAGGACGGGAGCGCGGAGGAGGUGGCGAGGGAUGUGGUCAGGCUGUGGGAGGAGGUGGGCAGGGGGGAGGGGGGGCUGGUGGGUGUGUUUGAGGAGAGGGCGGAGAGGAUGGAGGGCAAGGUGCCUCACGGUGAGGACGACGAAGGCGACGACGACGACGACGCACCACAGCUCGUGGAAAGACCACCAAAGCAGGAACCAGAAGUCGACGAGGACGGGUUCACGACUGUAAAA